AUGGCCACGUCUACGUGUUUUGCAUUAAAACAUCAGUAUUCUAUAAAAGCAUACACUUUUGUUGAUUCUAUGAGAUGCAUAAUAACAACUAAAGACAUGAAGCUCAUUAAUGAGAACUUAAAAAAUGCGAAAAAGAGUUAUUUCCCUUACAGUAGUUUCUCCAUGUCGGUUAUAUAUUAUCAUGAAGAACAGCUAAAAUUAUCAUUAGCCAUUCAACCUAUCAAAUCAGGAGCAACAAAAUAUGAUAGUAAAGGAAAGGUCAUGGCAAUUCCUCUCUUAUUCACCAUCAUAGCAUUAAUACCGACCUAUGUCAUUGCCUUUAGUCGAGGUGCCCCAGAUUACCAAUGUGAUUUUAUGAAGCCUGGGCAUGGAGCACAGUCUCUUGAUCCCUCACCAUUCACCAUUACAGUUUAUAGUGACAGACUUGCUCCGGGAUCACAAGUUAAAGUAAAUAUAUCAUCAAGUGAUUCGUCGUUGAUCAUGGGACUACUGGUUCAAGCAAGAAGUCGACUAGAACAGAGAUAUCUUGGUUCGUUUACAGUGGCGUCUGCUGGGACAAGAGCAACAUGUCCAGCUAAAAAUGGAUUAACACACGCUCGAAGAUUGAAUGUACCUAACCUAGUCAUGGCAUGGAAUGCUCCAGCUACGUUACAAAAAGGCGAUGAUAUAACAUUCAAUGUUACAAUAGUAGAGAAUGUACAGGUUUAUUGGCAGGGAAUAGAAUCGUUACCAAUUAAAGUUGAUCAGUCUGCUCCGGCUCUACCAUCAACAACAAAUAAUAUUCCAGUUGCUACAACACAAGCUUCACCCGUCGUCUUACACCCGAUACGAGCUACUGUGAUCAAGCCUAAUACGGAAUGUGGGAUAUCUGUUGGUUGUUUUCAAGAUUGUCACCAUGGGAAAUGUAGGUUUGCAAUAAACUGGCUGUCGGAGUCACCUCAUAUAACAUUUGAAAUGACUGCUAAUACAGAUGGUUCGGCUGAUAAAUGGAUUGCUGUUGGCUUCUCUGAUGACACUAAAAUGGGAGAUGAUUUAGUUAUUGAAUGUGUUGUUUCUGGAGGCCAAGUGGAAGUCCAUGUAUCAUUCAAUGAAGGGAAAGAAAAUAGAAGGGUCGAUGAAUUUACACACGCUCUGAUUCACCCAACAGGAUCUUAUAAAGAUGGUGUCCUGUAUUGUUCCUUCACUGUUGAUGUACAUGUUGAUUUUGGAAAACAGUUUACAUUACAUCAUUACCUUAUGUUUGCUGAAGGUGAUUCACGCGAUGGGCGUAUUUUACCUCAUUUAUUGACAACAUUACCAAUGGUCAGUGUUAAUAAGGUUGAUUUCCAGUCUGUUCGAUUGUUAGGUAUUGAGGAACCACAAUUUCCACUGGUAAAAGCACAUGGAACAUUAAUGAUGAUUGGCUGGCUCGUGCUAAACAGUAUCGGUGUGGUAUUCGCUCGAUAUGCAAAACCCUUGUGGGGAAAUAAAACACCGUUUGGUAUCAAAAUAUGGUUCCAUACUCAUAGAAUAUGUAUGAUAUCCACUCUGAUUUUAACUUUAUUGGCGUUACUAUUAAUAGUUAUAGAAGUCGAUGGAAUAAGCAAGAUGCCAGAUAUUCCGGGAAGAUUAUACUGGCAAUUUCAUCCUGUGAUAGGUUUUAUUGUCGUCAUCUUAACUAUUGCCAAUCCCAUAAUGGCAUUGUUUAGACCGGAUGGCGAUGCCCCAAAACGUUACAUAUUCAAUUGGUGUCAUAAAUCAGUUGGUUUUACAAGCUUUGCUUUAGCAGUUAUUGCUGUUUUCAUCGGUUUGGACUUAAAUAAAAGUAAUGCUCCAAAAGCGUUUGUAGCUAUAAUGGUUAUUUAUAUCAUAUAUAAAACUGUUUUUAUAAUUUUAAUGGAAGCAUUACCAUUAAUUGUUAAAUUUAAAGAAGAAAAUCAUGAAAAAGCAUUCAAACAUGGUAAAUGCAAACGUCAUAUCCGGUUAGGAUUAAUUGGAAUAUCAUGGAUCACAUAA